AUGGAAUUAGAUUAUGGUUUUGAUUUCCAGGAUUCUUUCCCAUCCAUGAUUGCACGGCUAGGAGCUGAAGGGUUCAUUGGAGAACUUUGUAAUGGGUUUCGUUUGCUAAUGGAUGUGAACAAAGGGCUUAUAACGUUCGAAAGCUUAAAGAUGAGCACUUUGUUGCUUGGUUUGGAGGUGAGGGAUGAUGAGCUCGUGUGCAUGCUAAUGGAAGGUGAUUUGGAUGGGGAUGGUGCUCUAAACCAAAUGGAAUUUUGCAUUCUCAUGUUUAGGUUGAGUCCAUGUUUGAUGGAUAUGCAAGGUCUGAGGAGUAUGGGAUGGAUCAUAAAAUUGAUCUCUUUUGCAUUUUUAAUAUUCAAUUUUUUAAUGUGUUUUAGUUCAGUAGAUAUUCUAGCUGUGAAUCAAUCUAUUAUAGAUGGUGAGAGUUUAGUUUCAGCAGAUGGAACAUUUGAAGUGGGUUUCUUCAGCCCCGGGAAUUCAACAGGUAGAUAUUUGGGUGUGUGGUAUAGGAAUUUAUCCCCUUUAACGGUUGUGUGGGUGGCCAAUAGGGAAGCACCUUUGCAGAAUGGUUCAGGAGUCUUAAAAUUCAAUGAAAAGGGGGUUCUUGUGAUUUUGAAUUGCUCAAAUAGCUCUGUUUGGUCAUCCAACAUAUCAAACCAAACAGUGAAUAAUCCAAUUGCAAAGAUCUUGGACUCGGGAAAUCUUGUGGUAAAAAAUGGACAGGAUACUGAGGAGGAGCACUUUUUGUGGCAGAGUUUUGACUAUCCAUGUGAUACAAUGAUGCCGGGAAUGAAGCUUGGAUGGAACUUGGUGACUGGUCUAGAUAGAUUUUUAUCAUCUUGGGAAAGUGAACAUGAUCCAGCUAAGGGAAAGUAUUCUGUAAGGGUUGACCUAAGAGGGUAUCCACAACUAGUUUUCAUGAGGGGAUCUACCAUAAAGUUUAGACUGGGGUCAUGGAAUGGCAUUUCUUCAACAGGAUAUCCAACUCAACAAUUGAAGCAAAAACAAAGAUACAAAUUUGUCAUGAAUGCAAAAGAAGUAUAUCAUGUGUAUGAAAACCUUGAUAGCUCUAUGGUCUCCAUAUAUACUUUGAACCCUUCUGGCAUUAUGCAGGGCUUAGCUUGGACAAGUAAGACAAGUGGUCAAAUAGUUAUUGCAGCUGGAGGGAGAGACACGUGCGAUAAUUAUGCUUUGUGUGGAGCAAAUUCGGUGUGCAAUAUUGAUGGCAACACUCCCAGAUGUGAAUGCCUUAAAGGAUGUGUUCCAAGCAUUCCUGAACAAUGGAAUGUAUCAUAUUGGUCUGGUGGUUGUGUUCCACGGAAAAAAUCUAUAUGUGAAAACCACACCACCGAUCGCUUUUGGAGGUACACAAACAUGAAAUUGCCAGACACAUCAUCAUCAUGGUUUAAUAAGAGCAUGAACCUUGAGGAAUGUCAGAAGUUAUGUCUGAAAAGCUGUUCUUGUACAGCAUAUGCAAAUUUGGAUAUCCGUAGAGGAGGAAGUGGCUGUCUACUUUGGUUCGGUGAUCUGGUUGACAUGAGGAAAUUCUCUCAUCGGGGACAGGACCUUUACAUCAGAGUUCCUGCAGAACUAGAUAGCGUUGAGGUUCAUGGCCACGGAAACCAGAAGAAGAUCAUAGGAAUCACAAUUGGUGUGUUUAUUAUUGGAUUCAUUGCGUGUGUCUGCAGAAUAACACUUAGAAAACGAGCGGAAGCCAGAGUAUCUUCUCAUCUCCCAUCAUUUCAAUGGGGGCAAGAAUAUUUUAGAUUGAGGGAGGAAGAUAUGGAGUUGCCAACAUUUGAUUUUCCAGUCAUUGCUAAAGCCACCAACAAUUUUUCUAGCAGAAACAAACUAGGGGAAGGUGGAUUUGGACCAGUGUAUAAGGGUACACUGAUAGAUGGGCUAGAGGUAGCUGUGAAACGGCACUCAACGAUGUCUGAUCAAGGAUUGGAUGAGUUCAAGAAUGAAGUUCUGUCGAUUGCAAAACUUCAGCACCGUAAUCUUGUGAAGCUUCUUGGUUGCUGCAUUCAAGAAGAGGAGAAAAUGUUGAUCUAUGAAUACAUGCCCAACAAGAGCUUAGACCGUUUCAUCUUUGAUGGAACUAGAAGCAAGCUCUUGUCAUGGUGUCAACGUUUCCAUAUUAUCUGUGGCAUUGCUCGAGGGCUUCUCUAUCUUCACCAAGAUUCUAGACUGAGAAUUGUUCAUAGAGAUUUGAAAACUAGCAACAUCCUACUAGAUGCCCAUAUGAAUCCAAAAAUCUCAGACUUUGGCAUGGCUCGGACUUUAGGGGGUGAUCAAAAUGAAGACAAAACCAAAAAAGUGGUUGGAACAUAUGGGUACAUGCCUCCAGAGUAUGCUGUGCAUGGUCAUUACUCUGUGAAAUCAGAUGUAUUCAGUUUCGGUGUAAUCGUACUAGAGAUAAUAAGUGGGAAAAAGAAUAGGGGAUUUUCUGUCCCGGAGCAUUCUCUCAAUCUUCUUGGACAUGCAUGGAGACUAUGGAUUGAAGACGGGCCAGCGGAACUGAUAGAUGAACACUUACAUGAAAGAUGUAUUUUUUCUGAAGUCUUACGGUGCAUACAUGUGGCUUUGUUGUGUGUACAACAAAAACAAAGAGACAGGCCAGACAUGUCCACUGUCAUUCUUAUGCUGAAUGGUGAGAAGUUAUUGCCUCAGCCAAAGGCUCCUGGAUUUUAUACUGGGAGGGGUUUACCUGGAUCAAUAUCAUCAUCAUCUAGAACAUGCAAUCUGUUAUCCUCAAAUGAGUUGUCCCUUACAAUUUUUGAGGAUAAUCUUGUUCGUUCCUCAAGCAAUUUUGUUCACAUACGUGGCUCUUCAUCAUUUGAACACGUAAUUUUAAACUCCACUUCAUUGGACACAUUGGCUCCUAAUCAAUCAAUCCGAGAUGGAGAGACUCUAGUUUCAAAUGAAGGCACAUUUGAAGUGGGCUUUUUCAGCCCUGGAACUUCAAAAAAUCGAUACUUGGGUAUAUGGUAUAUGAAUGUAUCCCCCUUUACAGUGGUGUGGGUGGCUAAUAGAGAAAAACCACUUCAAAAUAAUUCAGGAGUUUUAAUAGUUAAUGGAAAAGGGGUUCUUGUGAUUCUUGAUGACUCAAAUAGCACAAUUUGGUCAUCUAACACACCAAAGAAAGUAAUAAAGGAUCCUAUUGCACAACUCUUAGACUCAGGAAACCUUGUAGUGAAAAAUGGACAAGGCAGAAAUGAGCACAAUUUUUUAACUUUAUCAUCUUGGAAAAAUGAAGAUGAUCCUGCUGAGGGAGAAUAUUCUAUAAGAAUUGAUCUUAGAGGAUAUCCACAGUUUUUUGGAUUCAAGGGAUCCAUGAUAACAUAUAGAGCAGGGUCAUGGAAUGGGCAUGCUUUCACGGGAUAUCCAAUUCAUCAACUUGCAGAAAAGUAUAGUUAUGAAUUUGUGUUUAAUGAAAAAGAAGUGUACUAUGAGUACAAGCCCAUUGAUAGAUCAGUUUUCUAUAUGUAUACACUUACCCCUUUAGGAUUUGGGCAGCGUUUUGUUUGGACAAGUCAAACAUGUAGUAGAAGAGUUAUCCCAACUGGGGGAGCAGAUCCAUGUGAAAAUUAUGCCUUGUGUGGUGCCAAUUCUAUAUGCACUAUGGAUGGUAAUGUUCCAAAAUGUGAAUGCCUAAAAGGGUAUGUUCCAAACUUUCCCCAACAAUGGAAUAUGUCAUAUUGGUCUAGCGGUUGUGCUCCAAGGAAUAAAUCUAUGUUUACAAAUAGUACAUCAGAUGGCUUUUGGAGGUACUCAAACAUGAAAUUGCCAGAUACAUCUUUGUCGUGGUUUAGCAAGACCUUGAACCUUGAAGAAUGUCAGAAAUCGUGUCUUAAAAACUCUUCUUGUACAUCAUAUGCAAAUUUGGAUAUUCGUAGUGGGGGAAGUGGCUGUCCACUUUGGUUUGGUGAUAUGAUUGACAUGAGGACAUUCUCUAAAGGGGGACAAGACCUUUAUAUCAGAGUCCCAUUUUCAGAACUAGAUCUAGUUGCAGUUAAUGACAACAUAAAUGAGAAGAAAAUUGUGGCAGGAAUUACAAUUGGUGUGAUUAUUUUUACCUUAACUACAUGGGGCUUCGCAAUGAUACUUAAAAAGCGAGGGACAGCAAGAGUACGUUGCACAGAGCAUUACCAAAAUAUACUAAGGAAGGAAGACAUUGAUCUGCCAACAUUUGAUUUGCCUAUUAUAGUUAAAGCCACUGAAAACUUUUCAUACAAAAACAAACUGGGAGAAGGUGGCUUUGGACCAGUAUACAAGGGAACACUGAUAGAUGGGCAAGAGUUGGCAGUGAAAAGGCUCUCAAAGAAUUCUGCACAAGGGUUGGAGGAGUUCAAAAAUGAAGUGGUGUUGAUCACCAAACUUCAGCAUCGUAACCUUGUGAAGCUUCUCGGAUGCUGCAUUCAAGGAGAAGAAAUAAUGUUGAUCUAUGAAUACAUGCCCAACAAAAGCUUGGACUACUUUAUUUUCGAUGAAACGCAAAGGACAUUGCUUAAUUGGCAGAGGCGUUUCAAAAUUAUAUGUGGCAUUGCUCGAGGACUUCUUUAUCUUCAUCAAGACUCUAGAUUGAGAAUUAUUCAUAGAGAUCUAAAAUCCAGCAAUAUUCUUCUAGAUGCAAAUUUGGAUCCAAAAAUAUCAGACUUUGGUCUCGCUCGAAAAUUGUUAGGAGAACAAAUUGGAGCAAACACAAACAAGGUGUCAGGAACAUAUGGUUAUAUGCCGCCUGAGUAUGCUACACGCGGGCAUUUUUCAAUAAAAUCCGAUGUAUUUAGUUUUGGUGUGAUAGUUCUUGAGAUAAUAAGUGGGAAGAAGAAUAGGGAAUUUUCACACCCAGAGCAUUGUCAUAAUCUUCUUGGACAUGCAUGGAAACUAUGGAGUGAAGGGAGGCAACUGGAACUAUUGGAUGAAGUGUUAGGAGAAAAAUACACACCUUCUGAAGUGAUACAAUGCAUACAAGUGGGCCUAUUAUGUGUGCAACAAAAACCAGAAGAUAGACCAGAUAUGUCAUCAGUAGUUCUUAUGUUAAAUGGUGAUAAAUUGUUGCUCAAACCAAAAGUUCCUGGAUUUUACAUUGAAAAAGAUACUAUUACAGAAGCAAAUACCCAGUUGGCAAAAUGCACACUAGUGUUGCCCGAUGAAGUUUCCAUUACAUUAUUAGAGGCAAGAUAGAAAAUGAAGACAAGCAAAUGGCAAGGAUUGAAUUUGUAAUAUUAGAUAACACAAGCUAUUCAAGCCAUAUUUUUUCUGGAAUAUAUAUUUUAAGUCAUGAUAUGAUUUAUAGGAUCAACUACACUACCUCG